AUGUCUGGGGUUGAUAAGCAUCUUGUACUUACGGGUCCAAGUGGAUCUGGAAAGUCUACGAUUGUUGGAUAUGUGCUUACAGGUUUUCCAUUUAGGUUUUGCAUAUCACAUACAACAAGGAUGCCUAGAGAAGAUGAAGAGGAUGGAGUGGACUAUUUCUUCACAACAAAGGAAGUGUUUGAGGAGAUGAUACGCAAUGAUGAGAUCAUUGAAUAUGUUAAUUACAAUGGAAACUACUACGGAACGUCUGUUUCACAGAUAGAUGCAGAUGAGGAUAGGCUUUUGCUUGACCUGGAGUACAAAGGUGUUUUACACUGUAAAGAGAAGUAUCCUGGAUUUGUAGUGGUUUACAUCGACUGCAAGAAGGAGAUUGCCUGUGAAAGACUAAAUGCAAGGAUGAAUGGAAAGAAACGCGAUGAGAUUGAGGGAAGAAUGCGUUUAUAUGAUGAGUUUGGCUCGAUUAAAGACAAAUGCGAUUACAUAAUUGAUAAUAGUAAUUCAUUAGAGGACUCAAAGAGAAGAAUUGCGGAUAUCAUUUGCAAAGAGUUUGGAUUGCAUCCAAGAAACUCAGAGCUGACACAGUAA